GAAUUGCAUGAUGCUACAAGGAUGAAUGAAGCAGAAGAACAAUCGCUGGGUAUAUUCCUGUACAUUCCUACCUAUGCGUUCAGAUUACAGCGCGCAUUUGCAUGUGCCUACCCGCCCUUCACCACAGAAUCUACCUUACCUUCUAUCGAAUUACAUAAAGUACCCGUGUAGGUAGGUAGGUAAGCAGAUGCGUCCUGGUGGGCAAGUUACCUACCUCCCUGCAUGUGUACACACUGACAUUCCCUAACAAGUGUUGCAUCGUUCCUUUGUUCGAGGACUUACUUCGGAUUGCCAUGUCUUACUCACCCCACAAUGACCUUGCUGAGCACCAUUUUAUCCCACCCGCUUUCGUUCACCUGAACAAGGUCGCAUAAUAGGGAUUCCAAACGUUCGGUCGACGCUGAAUCUGCAACCCCCCAAGCUUCCAUCACACGAUUGUUUCGCCAAAGAGCGGCAAGCGCCAGGCAAUUCCUCUAGCUGGGGCAAAUCACUUAUUUGCUAGGUUACUUUCUUGGCUCUCCUCGAAUAUCACUAUAACCUGAAUCCUAGGGCUAGGGCAUCGGAAGACGGCCCAAAGCCUGGCUGCCAUCAUGUCAGCUUUUAGCAGAUGGUUCUUCGCCAAAUCUUCCGGGUCCGGGUCCUCAGACGACUCAGGUCUUCCCUCAAGCUCGGGUCACAGUAUCAACAGAGUACUAAGUGGUCGUGUGACAAAGCCUGCCCGUGCCGAAGUUACCCCUAAUGUCACCAAGCGCAAACCUUCUGUCUACUACAGCCCGCAUAAGGAGAAAAAGCGGGAGGCAGGUGUAGAAUGUAAGCCGUCAUUCGACCUGGCCGUAUUUACCGAGUCUACCAAGGGAGUCAAUAGUGAAGGAAGGCAGGCUUUGAAAAUUAAGCUGGAAGAUGCGGAAGAUGGUGAGAUUGAAGAGAAAAAGGAUGACGAGGAGAGCAUCGGAGACCCUUCGGCAAUGGUAGCACAACAGGCUAAGCUACAAGAAGAUGAUGAUCCAUUUGCAGAAGAUGAACUAGAUUCAGAAGAGGACCCGUUUGCGAAGCCCAACAUGGAAUCAGACCAAGAUGAGGAAGAUAACUCCGAUUCAGGACCUGAUGUAUUUCCGAAACCUGGCUCAGACAAUGAGCCCGACCCUGACACAGCAUGGCGUGCAGAGCAGAUAUCCCUCAACACGAUUUUAAACGCCCGAAAUGAGUUUACACUAAUGCCGUUAACUUGGAAGAUGCACUUUCGAGGUAUUCCGCUACCUGAUAGUCUUUUUUAUAUAAAGAUGAAAUCGAAGAGUAUUCGCCCUAGAAUCUACGCACGUACCGAGAGAUUGGAAUACCGAGGUGCUCUUGCGCUUCGCAAAUUGAUAGAUGUCCACGCACGUAUCCAGGACAUUCGGGGAGACGAGGCCGUGAUUAAAAACGAUACAGAAGAGGCCGAGGCCGUAAAGCGGGAGUUCAUCAAGAGUUUAUCAGCUGCUAUGGCUGGGCGACUUAGACGUGCCCUUGAGCAGGCCGUAGAUUGGGCAAAGCAAGACGGCGGAAUUGAUAAUUAUGGCGACCAGCUACCUCCCAAUGUGAAGAUAAUGGAGCUUAAGGGAAUAACGCAAAAUGACGAGCCGGACUCUGAAGUCAAAAUUCAAACCGAAAUGUGCAAUUUAGCAGAAGAAUGGAGGACACAUGCUUCGACCGCCCAUGACCUUGUGGAAGCUCCCGUUAUCUUUGGGUUCGUCAUUAUGAAGCAUAUCAUCACUAUUGUCACACUGGAUGCUUCAGAUCCUGAUGCUAUAAUUCACGUGCCUUGCCAGCUUCAUAUGGCAGAGAGAAACCAGCAUCAAUGGAACGCCUUGGCGGUUCUCGUUACGAUUUGCUGGGCGCGCGAUGUACUCCUCGAUUAUAUCAGUGCUCGAUCGGACUUGAAGCCGGAAGUGAAAGAUGAGUCGAGUGACCCUGAUGCAUAGAGAUAGCGUUAUAGAAAGAGAGCUUGAGAUGAUCGAACAUUCAAGCUGCGGGCGAUAGCCAUGAUACUCAAAACACUAGUUGUGGGCGGACAUCGGGGGGUAUGGACUCUCACUCUUGUAGACUGGUAUUCUAUUGUUUGGAGGAGGAGUGUACUUUAAUUACAUAUGUCAACACAUAACCUGAGCCGUUGUCAAAUGAGAUGUGAAGCACAUUGCCAUACAGUCCAGUCCCACUUGUCAAUCUGUCCAAGGUGCGAUUUAUAUCUCCUUUAAUAUGAGCACUAGCACUGUCAGACGUCCUUUGAAGAUUGAAG